AUGGACGUUAAGAUGCCGCCCUUUGAGCCGACGGCUCGCGACGACAUCCGCGCAGCCCACCAGACGAUACGCUCCACCUACCGCACCAACCGCACAAAGGACCUGGCCUUUCGCAAGAAGCAGAUUCGCCGCCUUUACUGGGGCCUCGUCGACUGCGCGCCCCUCAUCGAGGACGCCCUCCGCAAGGACAUGGGCAAGUGCCGGUUCGAGGCAAACAUCACCGAGAUCGACUGGUGCAAGACGGAAUGCGUCACCGUCGCCGACAAGCUCGACCAGUGGGCCAAGGACGAGUCCAUUGUCAACAUGCCCUUGCAGUACGUGCCCAUGCGCCCUCGCAUCCGCCACGAGCCUCUGGGCGCCAUCCUCAUCAUCGGCGCCUACAACUUCCCCUUUCAGCUCAACCUCACCCCGGUCGUCGGUGCCAUCGCCGCCGGCAACACCGUCGUCCUGAAGCCCUCGGAGCACUCCCCCCAUUCGGCCAUGGUCCUCAAGAAGCUCUUUGACGAAUACCUUGACCCCGACUGCUACGUCUGCGUCAACGGCGCCGUCGACGAGGUCAAGUGCCUCCUGGACCUCAAGUUUGACAAGGUCGUCUUCACCGGCGGCAAGAAGACGGGCGCCAUCAUCGCCACCAAGGCCGCCCAGUCCCUCACUCCCGUCCUCCUCGAGCUCGGCGGCCAGAACCCGGCCUUUGUCACCAAGCACGCCGACCUCAAGCUCGCCGCCCGCCGCCUCCUCUGGCAAAAUCUCGUCUCCGCCUUCGUCCAAGAGGUCAAGGCCCAGUACCGCAUCUUCAUGCCCAACGGCGCCGAAGCCAGCCCCGACUUUUCUCGCAUCGUCAACAAGUCCCACUUUGACCGCAUCAAGGCCAUGCUCGACAACACAAAGGGCAAGGUUGUCAUGGGCGGCUCCACCGACGAGACGUCCCUCUUCAUCGAGCCCACCGUCGUCCUUGUCGACGACGCCGAAGACAGCAUGAUGGCCGAGGAGAGCUUCGGCCCCAUCUGGUCCAUUAUGCCCUACGAUUCCCUCGACGAGGCUAUUGACAUUGCCAACAAGGUCGAUCCCACCCCGCUCGCCCUCUACACCUUUGGCUCGGACGAGGAGAACAACAAAGUCUUGUCCAACGUUACUUCGGGCGGCGCCACCGUUAACGACGGCUUCUUCCACGCCCAGACCAAUGCCUCGCCCCUUGGUGGCGUCGGUUCCUCAGGCAUGGGCAGCUACCACGGCUACUAUUCCUUCCGCGCAUUCAGCCACCAGCGCACCAUUGCCCGCGUCCCCGGCUGGAUCGAGAAGGCCUUCCGCCCGCGCUACAUGCCCUAUUCGAUGAAGGAGCUGGAGCGCUACCGGCUUCUCGCGCUCCCCAAGCCCAACUUUGACCGCGACGGCAAUGUCAUCAGGGGCCUCAAAUACUGGCUCGCCGUCGUCUUGGGCCUCGGUGGAAAGAGCUCCCCGAGCGUAGCUCUGAGGUGGGGGGUCCUCAUUGCCCUCCUUACGGUCCUGGGACUGAAGAGGAGCUCGCUAGGGGUGUAA